AUGAAGCGUAUUUCUUUGCUUGAGUCAAAUGCUAGGAGGUUUUUAGAGAAUGACCAACCCCUUAAUGCCAUUUCAAUUACUGCAAUUUUACGGGAAAUUGAACCAAAGUCGAUACAUUAUUUGCUUUUACAUGCAAAAACUUUAUUUGCUGCUCGUGAAUACGAUCUUGCUAUCCGUGUUGCAAGAGAUGUAUUGAAUUAUGAAGCAGAAAAUCCAGAGGCUAUUUUAAUUUCUAUGAAAUCAGCUUAUGAAUUGGGUGAUACAAGGGAAUGUUCAGCUUUAGCAGAAAAGCUUAGACAAAACCCAUCAAUGAAUGUUAUAGCAUUGUGUUAUUUGGGAAGAUGUUCUGAACUAUCUGGAGAUACCAAAAAAGCUGCACAAUACUAUCAGUUAGCUUUAGAGAUAGAUCCUUUUUGUGGGGAACCCAUGAAUGCUUUAAUUGAAAGAAGACUUUUAAACAUGAGUGACCUUAGGACACUUGUUGAAUCAUUAAAGUUACCACCUGAGGCAGAAGUUAUCCGUGCUUCUUACAAAGCCCGUUUACCGUUUGAAUCAAUUUCACAGGAACAUAAUAUAUUUAUUCCAAGAACAAUAUUACAAUUACAAACAGCUUCAAUUGCAUAUGAAAAAAAUGAUUUACAACAAGCGUUAACUUUAACAACAGAAUUAUUAGAAUCGAUGCCUUUUAAUAGAGAAGCUGUUUGUUUACAUCUUUCAAUCCUUGUGGAUAUGAAAGCAACUUCAAAAUUGUUUGAUCAAGCUCAUUAUUUAUGUAAUAAUAAAUUACAUGCAGAAUUAGCAGUUUAUGCGAUUGGUUGUUUUCAUUUUUCAUUAUCUAAUUAUGAACGUGCAGGACGUUUUUUCAGCAGAGCAACAGAGUUAGAUGCUUCAUUUGCUGAAGCUUGGAUUGCAUAUGGUCACUGUUAUGCGAAACUAGAAGAAGGUGAGCAAGCAUUAAGUGUAUAUAGAAGAGCUAUGAAUUAUUUCCCAGGUCUUCCUUGUUGCAGUACUUUUGUUGGGAUGCAAUAUAGCCGAAUUCAUCAAUGGAAAUUGGCAUCUUAUUUUCUUGAAGAAGCUAGGUUAAAUAUUCCAAAUGAUCCUCUUGUACUUAAUGAAAUUGGUGUUUUGUGUGUGAAAACAUACAGACUUCAAGAUGCUUUAAAGAUUCUUCGAAAGGCUUAUGAUUCUCUUGCAAAUCCAGAAAACCCUUCAGAGCAUCGAGAUUGUAUUAUUUUUAAUUUAGCAACUGUUUGUCGGAAAUUACAGUUAUAUGAGGAUGCUAUUUCAUUCCAUACCUUGUAUGUGAAAUGUCGUCCUAACGCCAGUCAUGGUCAUUGUUCACUAGCUUUUACGUAUCAUUUAAUGGGAAAUCUAAAGGCUGCCAUAUCUCACUAUCAUAUGGCUUUGAGUAUAAAGGCUGAUUCAUUUUGCCGUGAUAUGCUUGAUCGUGCACUGGCAACAGAAUUUGGAGGUGGUGCAAUGGGAUUUGCCUGGAGGACAGAAGGUAAUUUUGGUUCACCAUCUCCAGAUGAUGUUUCUUUUUCAACUGUAUCAAGAACGCUACGCUCUGAGUCAAUGGCUGCUGAAAGUAUGGGACCUUCACCGCGUCCAAGUGUCGGACGAAGUUUACCUUUUUAA